GAGGCAUCAACCGCACCUCAGUAUCAGAUUUGCUUGGGACGAUAUCGGUCGCCUUUCCCCCUGCCCGGUCCCCAAUAAUAUAAAUCCCAAAUAGAACCUGCCGCAUCAACUUGACUUCCCCGAGAAACCACCUUCCCCAGUCCGCGCUUGAUGUACUCACGCACCACUACCCUGUUGAGCAGAAGCUGCCGGUAUCUUCUCCGCACCCCCGUCCACCAUCACCAAUCGCCCUUUUCGAUCUCCGCGCGCUCCUUCGCUGCAGUGAAUGCAGCCAUGGCCGAUACCCCGGGUGUCACGGCAGACUCGCUGAAGCUUAAAUUGAUCGACCAGUUACAGGCUCAGCAUGUCGAGAUUGAAGAUUUGUCGGGUGGCUGCGGACAGGCCUUCCAGGCGGUGAUUGUCUCCCCGCAGUUCGAGAAGAAGACCAUGCUGGCCCGUCAUCGCUUGGUCAACUCGGCUCUGAAGGCUGAGAUCGCGGCUAUCCAUGCCUGGACGCCCAAGUGCUACACUCCGGAGCAGUGGCAAGCGCUGCAGGGUUGAACGAACCCUGUCUUUCUUUCCCUGGCAGUUGGGAGGAAAUCGGAGGUGGAGGUGGAUAUAUCCUGGGUAUUGAGCAUGCUCUCUGUCGUCUGAGGGGCAUUGCAGUCGGGCGUUGGGUUAAUCGAUGAUCAGGGCUUUGCGCAGCCGGCUACAACUUUUUUCUUUUCACAUUCGCUGGCUAUGGGUUUUGGAAAUAGACUUAUAUCGGAA